CUAGGCGCUGAUUGGCCGAGGCGGACGCGGUCCCGCGGCGCGGCAGCCAAUGGACGCCGCCCGCCGCGGGCGCGGGGGCGGUGGCGGUGGCUAGAGGCCGGGGCAGCGCAGUCUGCUGCUGCCGCCGCCGCCCGUGCUCGCGAACCAAGCCCGGACACCAUGCUGCAAGAAGAGUGACCCCUUCCUCUGUUUCCACAAUGGAGGACUUGGGAAAGACUUUCAGCUCUGAGGAGGAAGAAGCAAGCUACUGGAAAGAUCUGGCCAUGACCUACAAGCAGAGGGCCGAAAAUACCCAAGAGGAGCUGCGAGAGUUCCAGGAGGGAAGCCGUGAGUAUGAAGCCGAACUGGAGACGCAGCUGCAACAGAUUGAAACCAGGAACAGGGACCUCCUGUCGGAAAAUAAUCGCCUUCGCCUGGAGCUAGAAACCAUCAAGGACAAGUUUGAAAUGCAGCACUCUGAAGGCCACCGGCAGAUCUCAGCCUUAGAGGAUGACCUCGCCCAGACCAAAGCAAUCAAGGAUCAACUUCAGAAAUACAUCAGAGAGCUGGAGCAAGCCAACGAUGACUUGGAAAGAGCAAAGCGGGCCACGAUCAUGUCUCUGGAAGACUUUGAGCAGCGUUUGAAUCAAGCCAUUGAGAGAAAUGCCUUCCUGGAGAGUGAACUUGAUGAGAAGGAGAAUCUUCUCGAAUCUGUUCAGCGCCUGAAAGAUGAAGCCAGAGAUUUGCGGCAGGAAUUGGCUGUGCAGCAGAAGCAGGAGAAACCCAGGACACCCAUGCCCAACUCGGUGGAGGCCAACAAGACAGACACAGCUGUGCAGGCCACGGGCUCCGUGCCGUCCACCCCCAUAGCUCACCGGGGACCCAGCGCCAGCUUAAACACACCGGGGACGUUCAGACGUGGUCUGGAUGACUCCACGGGUGGGACCCCCCUCACGCCCGCAGCCCGGAUAUCGGCCCUCAACAUUGUGGGAGACCUACUGCGGAAAGUAGGGGCGCUGGAGUCCAAACUUGCAUCCUGCCGGAACUUCGUGUACGAUCAGUCCCCAAACCGAACAAGCGGCCCGGCCUCGGGGCGGGGGAGCAAACACAGAGAUGGCGGUGGCGAGAGACAGCCAAGCAGCAGCGGCGUGCCUCUAGGUGACAAAGGGACAGCUUCUGGAUGGGUUGAUUUCCUAAGCUGCGUCGCCAUGUUCCUGGACCCCGAGCCAAGUAACUUGGGUUGGGAAAACGCCUGGAAUUUGGGAAGCCGCCUUCAAAUAUUUCCUCACCGUCGCUGCCGUCAGCCCAGGGUGUAGUCAAGAUGUUGCUUUAGGAAAUCCACGGAAGCCGAAGCCCCUGGUGUGUCUGUGUGGGAGUCGUUGCUUUUCUUUCCCUCCUUAAACUAGGUUUUUGCUUUGUUUAAGUUAGUUUAAGAACUACGAGCAAACAGUCACACUAGCCACUGAGGCCAUCGCCUAUGGCCCCUGGUAGCUGUACCCGUGAAAUGUUGUCUCCUCCUCCCCAGCCUCCUUGCCAGUGCGUUGCAAAUCGACAGGGACAAACCGGACCCUCUGGACAGGGCUCCGUGGUGUGGAUGCUGAGGCCACCCCAUCAUUUUGAACUGACCUGAGUGUUGAAGGAUUUGGGGGUGUUUUUUUAAUGACUGGAAUUGCCUUAAAAAUGGGAUGUGAGCCCAUCUCAGGCCCAGGCUAUCUUCCAUAAGAAAAUCUCCGUGCUCUGUGGCACCAGAAAGGUCUGUGUACUGAAAUUGUGUCUAAGAGAGAAGAGUAGGAUAGGCACGUGCCUUUUUUUUAAGAAAACACACUAUGGUGUAGUGUACCUCUGGGACUCACUCUGCCUCUCACUGAGGCGUUGGGAGCUGUGCUUGUGUUUCAGAGGCGAUCUUGUGUGGACAAGGGCGAUGGAAACGUCUGUAUCUUCUUUAGAUCGUUCCCGAUCGUUGGGUUUCCUGGAACUUGUGCCCUGGCCCUGGGGGUGACCUCCCCUGACGGUCGUUGGGGUGGCGUGGCCUUAUGAGUACAGCCCCUAAGAACAGAACUUCAUUCAAAGCCAUGAUAAAGUAACCAUGGUGGCCUCCACAUAGGAUUGAACCACAGGAUUGUUGUUGGAAGCUUCCUUGUGAAAGAAGACACAAACACGGGAUUUUCACGUGGACGGAGUAUGUGCUCAGCCCUGCCCGUCGUGAACGGUUGGCUCACACUUUUGGAGGCAAGUUAAAAAGAACACGUGAAUUUGGGAGCAUGCGCGCAGCUUAACCACCCUUUGUUACUAAGUUAUUUUUCCAAGAGAAAAGCAGAAAUAUCCUUGAGUUGAAAAUAGAACUUUUCAAGUGCUUUUGAAAUUCAACAGAGAAUUAAUCUCUGGUGCGCAGUUCAUUACCAUGGGAACAUUCUAACCUGUAUCGGGAAAAGACGGACUUCUAUUUUUUUUAAAAGAACAAUAAAAUCAAGAGAAACUCAUUUUCCACGUGGUGGUGGUGGGUAAAUGCUGCUUUGUGCCUUGAUGUUUGCUCGAACGGUGGCAGAAAUUUGUUUUUGAACCAAGUAAUCAAAUACGAAAAAACUCUACUUGAAAAAAAUUCCUCUUCACGUCAGCUUCUUAGAAGUGUAUUUAGGAUAUGUUUGUGUAUUGCUGAGGGUAGGUUCACGUUUGGCUAUUGGCUUGAGUUCUUCCAUUGCCAUACCUCUUCUCAAAUCUGUUUGACCUCUACGGAAUCAGUGGGUGGAAUCAAUUUGUGUGGAAUAGAACUUCUGCAAGGAGAGGACGCACGGCCUGGUUUUGCAUGGCCCCCGUAGUAACAAUGGUUUUUAUGUUUUUAAAGGGGAAAACAAAAACGGAAAGAUGAACACGUGACAGAGACCACAUGUAGCCUAAAAUAUUGACUGUCAGCCUUUACAGAAAAAGUUUUAGGAAGUUGGGGGUGCCUGGGUGGCUCAGGGGGUUGAGCGUCUGACUCUUGAUUUCAGCUCAGGUCGUGAUCCCAGAGUUAAUGGGAUCACCUCCUGCAUCAGGCUCUGCAUUGAGUGAGGAGCCUGCUUGGAAUUCUCUCUCGCUCCUCCCCCCCACUUCUGCACCUCCCCUGCUCAAGCACUAAUGUUCCCUCACUCUCGCUCUCAAAGAAAAAAAAAAAGUUUGUCGGUCCCUGCUGGAUGAAGUCUUACGUUUUUGAAAUUCAAGGAUAUCUUGGGGCGUGUGGGCGGCUCAGUCGGUUGAAUGUCCAACUUCGGCUCAGGUCAUGAUCUUGUAGUUCAUGAGCUCGAGCCCCACGUCGGGUUCUGGGCUGACAGCUCGGAGCCUGGAGCCUGCUUCGGAUUCUGUGUCUCCCUGCCCUUCCCCUGCUCUUGCUCUGUGUCUCUCAAAAAUAAACGUUAAAAAAAAUUUUUUUUAA